UCAGAGUAUGGCGAGGUGGCUUUUGUAUUCUAAACCAAUGCGCUUACUCCGUUGCUUGCUCAUAUUGCUCGUUUGGUCUGUUUCUUGCACCGACUUUGAUGAAUUGUUUCAAUCAAAUUGGUCGCCCGAUCAUAUCCUCAUUGAGCAAGAUCACGCCAACUUAACACUUGACUCUGUUUCUGGUUGUGGGUUUGAAUCUAAGAAGAAGUAUCUAUUCGGAAAAGCGAGUGUCCAAAUCAAACUAGUGGAGGGCGACUCUGGAGGGACAGUGACAGCCUUCUACAUGACAUCAGAGGGACCAAACCACGAUGAGCUAGAUUUUGAGUUUUUGGGGAAUUUAUCGGGACAACCAUAUCUAGUUCAAACUAAUGUGUAUGCUAAUGGCACUGGAAACAGAGAGCAAAGGCACACUCUAUGGUUUGAUCCCACUACCGAUUUUCAUACUUAUUCCCUCUUCUGGAAUCGUCACUCUAUAGUGUUUCUAGUUGACAAUAUUCCCAUAAGAGUGUUUGAGAACAAAGAAGAAAGCGGAGUGGCCUACCCCAGAAACCAAGCCAUGGGUGUUAGAGGUUCCAUAUGGAAUGCGGAUGACUGGGCGACACAAGGAGGAAGAGUUAAAACCAAUUGGAGCAACGCGCCAUUUGUGGCUACAUUUCGAUCUUUUGACAUUAAAGCUUGCGAAUUGGAGCCUGAGGAGGAUGCAGAGGCCAAGUGUGGUAUGCCAAGGCAAUUCUGGUGGGACAAGCCAUCGUUAAGAGGGCUAACCAGGCACAAAGCACACCAACUGAAGUGGGUUCGUGCACGGCAUUUGGUAUACGAUUAUUGUAAAGAUUCUGUGAGGUUCAUGGAAUUACCCAGGGAAUGUGCCUGACAUAUCAUUUCAUGGACCCUUUUCUAAAAUGUCACAAAAUGCAACUUGUUCCAUUUCUGAGGCCUCUACGACCAUACAUAAGAACACAUUUGAAUUUGUUCAUAAGCAAUUUAAGGUACACAAACGAACAUGGGAGAACAAAUUCAUACCUCUGUUGCAGUAACCACAAAGUUGAACCAAAUUUCAAUACUCGGCAUUGAAUGUAUCAUAUCCCCAGUGGUAAUUUUAGGAAGCAAAUGCCCAUGAAUUGUGU